CCUCUACAGAUUCCCAAUUUCCCUCAUCCGCCGUCCUUCUGGUGGUCACCGGCCGGAGAGAUUUUCUCCCAAUUUCCUCCACCACAUAAAAAGCUCGACUCGAAUCACAGUGCGGGCCCCACAUAUAUCAUCUCAUACAAUUCUUAUCUUUACUCUCCUCCUCUAAUCUUUACUCUUUUGUCAUCUUAUCAUUCACCUAAAAAAAAAUACACAAUAUUCCCCUUCUUAUCCCCCCUUCCUUUCCUCCACCCUUUCCUCUGUGAGCUUCAUUUCACCGCCUUGUUCAUCGAUUGAACUCAUAAAGUUUAUAUCUUUACUCGAUUCGAACAAGGGUUUCUUCCCAAUUAGGGUUUUCGUGUUAUGGCGGUAAUUGAGGCGCUUUUGAGCAUUAUUCAAGGACCCAAUUUGUGGAACGCGUUGCCGGAUCUUAUGGUGUUUGUGGCUCCUCUUUGGGUUGCGGUUUUGUUUGGGGUUUUGGUUGGGUGGGUGUGGCGACCCACAUGGGCUAAUUCUGCUCUCAAUAAUUUCACAAUUCCGGCAACUAAUUAUCCCAGCUUUGAUUCGUUGAAAUCUCAACUACCCAGUUGUUUUUUUUCGGUUUCGGAUAAUGGGUCAGUGGAGGAUUGUUCAUCUGGGUCUGGUUCUGAUAGCAGGUUGUCUAAAUUGGAUGGGGAGAAUAAGAGUUUUGUUGGGGAAGGUGAUUUGAAGCAUUUGGGUAAGCUUGUUGCAGAGAAAGAUGGAGGUCCUGCUUGGGUUAAGAUGAUGGAUAGGUCUACUAAUAAUAUGAGUUAUCAAGCUUGGAAGAGAGAGCCUGAGACCGGACCUCCACAAUAUCGGUCUCGAACGGUUUAUGAGGAUAUGAGUCCUGAAAUGAUGAGGGAUUUCUUUUGGGAUGAUGAGUUUAGAUUGAAAUGGGAUGACAUGUUAUUAGAAGCCGAGACGAUAGAAGAGUGCCCGAAGGAUGGAACGAUGGUGGUUAAGUGGGUUCGUAAGUUCCCGUUUUUCUGUAGCGACAGAGAGUAUAUCAUCGGUCGUAGAAUAUGGGAAUCGGGGAAAACGUACUUCUGUGUUACAAAGGGUGUACAAUAUCCGUCGAUACCACGCCGUACUAAACCAAGACGUGUUGACUUGUACUAUUCAAGUUGGUCGAUUCGUGCAGUUGAAUCGAGAAAGGGCGAUGGACAAAUGAAUGCAUGUGAAGUAUUGCUAUUUCAUCACGAAGACAUGGGAAUCCCAUGGGAGGUAGCAAAGCUCGGUGUUCGUCAAGGAAUGUGGGGAGCCGUGAAAAAGAUCGACCGCGGUCUACGUUGGUACCAAAAAGAAAUCGAAUCCGGCACGCCUUUAACUCACUGCGCUUACAUGGCACAUAUCUAUUCAAAAGUUAGCACCAAACGUAUGAAAUACUUAGAGAACGCAUCAAACGAUUCACAGGAAAUCGAAACAAGUGAACCAACAACAGCGAACGAUGAGAAGCCGUCAGGGAAGAAUGUUCCUAAGCUGUUGGUUGUAGGCGGAGCCAUUGCGCUUGCAUGCACCAUUGAUAGGGGGCUGUUGACGAAAGCCGUAAUAUUUGGAGUUGCAAGAAGAUUUGCAAAAAUGGGAAGAAGGUUGUGAAUUGUGGGUCGGGUAUACUCUGUCUUCUGACUUGGAAUAUAAUUGUAUUUUGUUUUGAAUUUCUAUAUUCUGUUAGAUUCAUGUUGCAGCGUAUGAUCAUGACAAUGAGAGUAUGAUAGUAUUCGAUAUUCAUGUAUUUAUUAUAGAUGAUCCUUCUCAUGCUCUGCUGAAAUAACAUGAAAAUAAUAUUUUCUUUAUUUA